UUUGAUUUGAUUGCGCUUUAUGUCGUUAAAAAUAUUGUUAAUAUUUAUUUGAGAAAAUGAGCGAAUUUAAAUUAGAACACAUAAUUGCAGAACUACGCACUACUUUGAGAGGUAAAGUCAAUCCGAACAAACUAAUCGAAUUCGUACAAAAGCGAAACAUUCCUACGUCUCCAGGCUAUUCGGUCGAACAAAAACAUUUAACCCGACUACUUCAACACAUCCCAGAUCAAAACGCUUUCAUGGUGAAAUACAAUGAUCUCAAAGAUAAAAACGUCGACUCACUGGAGUGUUACGUACAACUACUAGAUAGAAUAUCGCAAAAUCAAAGGAUGAAGAUCGCUUUACUGAGGAAUAAUCGACCUCAUACAGCUGCAGUAACUGAAUUAACUAGAGAAGACUUACCACAAUUAAGAAGUCGAUUAAAAGAAGCGGUGAAUAAAAAAUCUAUCCAAGAUGGACACGGAGAAAACACCUCUCACACGAAUUCUUUUCUACUAAACACAAGUCCAUCGGUAGCAUCUUGGGUGCAGCGUCGUCCUACGAUGACUUGGGACUUUUACACGUCGGGCACCGGCCAUUCCGUUCCUAUAGUACCUUCGGUAUCGCAAGAGAAUAUACUAAUAGAGGAUUUACUCAACGCUUUCAUAGGUUUACCUGGAAACUACAUCGAAGCCGAAGAGUUAAGGGAUAUUUACGGACCGAGGUCGUUUAGGAUCAACGACAACGUUUCGUUGCCUUUAAGAGAACUCACCAAACAAAUAUUACCGUUGGCUAGUCACUAUUCGAUUAUACAAAGGUUCAUCGAGGAAAAAAUGAAGUUUGAGUUUGGUCAAGUCAAUAACGCUUUAGCCGAGGCCAUGCAAAGUAUUAUUAAAGAACAUAUGUUGUUUACUAUACAAUUGGAAAGCGAGUUUAAGUUGGGCAAUCUUACACUGCAAAAAUUGUGGUUUUACGUGCAGAAAAAUCUGCAAAGCUUAAGUGUAGUUGCGAAUAUAGCGAGUGUGAUAAGCAAGUCCGAUGGUAAAGGUGGUAAAGUAUUAAGUCUGCUGCACGAUCGUGUGAUCAGCUCGAUCGGUGACGAUCGAACGCAGGAAUUAUGCUUGAAAUUAAUGGAAGCCGCUUGUUUUCCUUACAUGAAGAUGCUAGGAAUGUGGAUUUACAAAGGCAUCAUCUCGGAUCCCAUUAAAGAAUUUUUAGUGGAAGAUAACGAAAUAGUGCAAAGAGAAGAAAUGCCGGUGGACUAUUCGACGGAUUAUUGGGAGAAGAAAUACGCCAUACGACGCGAGAGAAUCCCCGUAUUCCUCGAACCGGUCGCCGAUAUCAUCAUCAAAACGGGAAAGUAUUUAAAUGUGAUCCGCCAAUGCGGCAAACAAGUCGACAACAAAGUCUUGCCUAUACACUACAAAAUCGAAGAGAAACAUUACAUCGAAGCCAUCGAGAAGGCUUACAAAUUCGCCAGUCAAACGCUCCUCGAUCUCAUCAUCAAAGAACAAGAUUUAAUCGGGAGAUUGAAGUCCGUUAAACAUUACUUUUUAUUGGAUCAAGGCGAUUUUAUCGUUACGUUUCUCACGUUGUGCGAAAAGGAGCUGGUUAAAUAUUCGAUCGAUGUGAAUCAAGGUUGUAUCGAAUCCCUUAUGGACUUGGCGUUGAGGAUGUGCAGCGCCAAUAACGAUCCCUACAAGGACGAUUUGAGGAUCGAUUUGUUGCCGCAGAAUUUGGAAUUCCAAAUGUUCAAAAUACUCAGUAUUCAAACGAACGCAGAGCAAGAAUUCAAAUCGUCCCACACGGAACAGAAGAAACUCCUUCUGAUCCAAUCGUUCUCGUUCAACUACGACGUUCGUUGGCCGUUGUCGUUGAUAUUGAAUCGCAAAUCGUUGGCCUGCUACCAGAUGAUCUUUCGACAUCUGUUCUAUUGCAAGUACGUGGAACGAUUGAUCUGCCAGGUGUGGAAAUCGAACAAGGUGGCGAAAAAGUUCCAUUUCGACGACGCCCAACACUACAGGGCGGCCUUCGCGCUGCGCCAGAGGAUGCUCCAUUGCAUUCAAAACUUGGAGUACCAUAUGAUGGUCGAAGUUAUCGAACCGCAUUGGUGUACGUUCAUGAACAAAAUUCAUAAGGUUCAAAACGUUGAUGAAAUCCUUUGUUGUCAUUCGGAUUUCCUGGACAGUUGCUUGAAGGAUUGCAUGUUGACGAUACCGCCGAUUUUGAGUACGAUCAACAAGCUGUUGAACAUAUGCGAGGAUUUUUGUAAAUUCAUGCAGCAGACGCAGCGAUAUUUCGUGGAGGCGGAAUUAGGCUCGUUGCCUAAUUCUAUGUACGAAUCAUUUACCCAGAACGAAUUGGUUUUCCAAGGAAACUCCGAUCCGGGAGCGCCGGCGCUCAGUUUCAAGCAGAAAAUCUCUAAGUUCGAUAUAUCAUUUUCCGAAGCGCUCAUUCAAUUAUUAGACGGGAUCAACGAGUUGAACAGGGACACCAGCGAACACGAGCGGCUGUUCAAUUUGUUGUACAGAUUGGAUUUUAAUAUGUAUUACCACUAUAGCGGUCAGUCGCACAAUCACAGCAUGUUCUUCGAGUCUUCCGGUUAAUGUAAGUUGAUAUUUCACGGAUUAAAUACGUUUAAUUUA